AUGAAGCCAUCCAGCAUUCUCAGAGGCCUCUCAUUCCGGAUCCACGCGAGGAUAUCUGCUUCUCCAGCAGCGGUCGCUCCUUUACCGGUCAGAACCCAAUUUGAUCAGCGACUCACUUCAGAGCUCGACGCCCUUCAUGAUCAGUCACCAGCAUUUGGGAUAAAUGGAACAGGAUACGCCAGUGCUGCUUGGAUAAUUGAUCUGCUUGCUGCCUCCGCCGCAACCCAAAAAAUAGAGCAAGAAUCACUCAUCAAUGUCGUUGCUCAAGACUCUGAUCGGAAACUCAUUGAUGAAUAUCUCGACUUCAAUGUUGACAUCCUUGAUGCAUGCAAUGAAGCAUCAGAGAAACUAGAGAUUAUGCAGAGUUACAUCCAGUCAUUAAGAAUAGUGGCACACUCGGUUGAAGCCAAUUUUGAGCCUAAUUCAGCAACUACAGCGCGUGCACGGCACAUGUUAGAUUCUUGUAUUGUAAUUGAAAGAAGUAGAGAGAUGAAUUCCAAGCGCAGCUGCUCCAAAUCAAAGAAGUUGUUAAGUCAGAGGUGCAGUCCUGGCAAGUCAAGUGGUGGAACCACUCAACUGGGUGAGAUCCUAACUGGGUCUACGGCGAUGACAUCAUUGGUUUGUCGAAUUCUUGGAAUCACAUUAUCAUUCAAAUCAUCAAAGCAUAUGUUUCCAUCAAUGCAGCUGCAAUCAACAAAUUCUUGGUCAUUUUCUUUGCUUGGGUUGCAAAAGAAAGUGACAGAAAGUAGCAGGGGAGCCGGGUCUACAAUGCUGGCAGAGUUGCGCCGGACGAUCGAGGCGUCCCGGAACUUGAGAGAUUGUCUAGCAGAAAGUGAUGAGAUUGGAGUUGCUGUUGAAGAAUUGACAAGAAGUUGUGGAGAAUUAGAGGAAGGGAUUAAGGGUUUAGAAGGAGAAGUGAAGGAGUUGUACAAAGGUUUGAUAGCUGUUAGAAUGGCUUUGUUGGAUAGCUUAUCCAAAGCCUAG